AUGUCGCAAAUGAAAGUCGUUCGCGUUGUUUCUACCGGCACUAAAUCUAGUACUGAGUUCCGAGAUGAGCCCAAACCGAGCCCUGGCGAACAUCAAGUGCUCAUCAAGGUACACGCUGCUUCGCUGAAUUACCGCGACUCGGUCCUAUUGAGGGGAGAAUAUGGCGUGGAAACUAAGAAGGAUGUCAUCCCCCUCUCCGAUGGCGCCGGCGAGGUUGUGGCAGUCGGCAAAGGCGUGACGCGAUUCAAGCCCGGCGAUCGGAUCGCUGUCCAAUGCGCCACGGCCUGGAUCGGGGGUCCGUUCAUCCCGGAAUAUAUAUCCACCAGCGUCGGCUUUGCUAUAGAUGGAAUGUUGGCUGAGUUUGUGGUGUUCUAUGAGGACGCACUUGUUCGUAUCCCGGACUAUAUCUCUUAUGUCGAGGCUGCUUCGCUCCCCUGUGCGGCGGUCACAGCAUGGACGGCUCUAAAUAAGAUCGACCCGCUGCAUCCGGGCCAGACGGUGCUGAUACAGGGCACGGGAGGCGUCUCACUUUUUGCCUUACAGUUCGCAAAGCUAUCUAAUGCCCGCGUGCUGGCAAUCACUUCCUCGGAUGAAAAGGCCGCUAAGCUUAGAGAGUUAGGCGCGGAUUCUGUGGUGAACUAUAGCACCUGUCCUGAGUGGGAUCGCGAGAUACUUGCCCUGACUGAUGGCAAGGGGGUUGAUAAGGUGCUAGAUAUUGCUGGAGAGAAGACAAUUGUGAAGUCUGCAGCGUCGACUAAAAUAGGUGGCGUGGUUGUCGUGAUUGGAUUUGCAAGUGGUUUCGGUGGCGGGCUGCCACCCAUGAAUAUACUCUCUCGGUCCCUCACGGUGACCGGGUCAACUGUUGGUUCACGGCUGGAUUUUGAAGCGAUGCUGGCAGCUAUGGAAUCGCGCGAGAUUCGACCUGUUAUUGAUCGGGUGUAUCCUCUUGCGGAAUAUCGCAAAGCUUAUCAAAGGCUAGAGUCUGGACAGCAAGUUGGCAAAGUUGUUAUUGAAGUGACUAAGGCGAAUGAUUAA